UUUAUUUCACGUCAAAACAGUUCAGUGAAAACAAUUACAUAUUUUUACUGAAUUUGUGUGUAUUAAGUUAUUUAUUAACAGAAUGUCGCUGUACGAUGAUUUAGAUGUGAAAACACGAACAACAGAGAACGUUUCCGGUUGGUCAUCAGGUAUAAAAUUGCUACAAUCACAGUUGCAAUUAAAGAAGGCUGCUGUAACUCAACCUAAAAGAGAUGUCCAAAAAAGAGUAAGUUUACCACCAGUGAUUGACUUGAAAACAAAAAGGGAUGAAGAGGAUAUAUAUGGAAUAUCAAAACCUGAACCAGUUUUGCCAGUUAUUCUACCACCGUCUAAUUUAAAAAAUGAUUUGGAUUGGAAUGUUAUUGAUGAGUAUGAUCCAUUAUGGCCAAACGAGUAUGAGAAAAUUGUUAAAGAAAUUCGAGAUAAUCGUGAUAGAGACAGAGAUAGGGAUAGAGAGUAUGAGAAAGAAGAAAAACGCAGGGAAAGAGAUAGAAGAAAGAAGAGCAGGUUCAAUGAUCCUGAAGAUGCAUCACCUUCCAGUACUCCUCAAGUGUCUUUACCACCUAAUCCAAGUGGUUUUGCUGGUCGAUGGGAGGAUGAAGAGGAACACUUGGAACCAAGUCCAAAACCUUCAAGAUCAGGUGGUGGUGUAGCUAUAGCACCUCCACCAAGUUUGCAAGAACCUGCUGAGCAGGGACCAAGUACACCAAACAGAACACCACCUCCAGGCCCAUCUCAGUUGUCACCUCAGCCAGCUACUAGUUAUGGAGGUGGUUCAGUGGCAGCUAAAAUCAUGGCAAAAUAUGGUUUUAAAGAAGGACAAGGGUUGGGAAAACAAGAACAGGGCAUGUCAGUUGCUCUGCAGGUUGAGAAAACUUCGAAACGUGGUGGAAGAAUUAUACAUGAAAAAGAGAUGAUGAUGCCACCACCUCCACCUCAAAAAUCACCAGAAGAACCAACUAUUACAGAAAUUAUGAAAACCCCAAGCAAGGUUGUUCUCUUGAGAAACAUGGUAGGACCAGGUGAAGUGGACGACGAUUUGGAGCCUGAAGUUAAAGACGAAUGUAAUACUAAAUAUGGAGAUGUGGGCAGCGUUGUAAUUCACGAAUUACAAGAUCAGCUACCAGAAGAUGCUGUUCGGAUAUUUGUAGAAUUUAAUCGUAUUGAAAGCGCAAUAAAGGCUGUCGUCGAUUUGAAUGGGAGAUUCUUUGGAGGUCGACAAGUGAAAGCUACAUUUUACGAUACAGAAAAAUUCGAUAAUUUCCAGUUAUUAGAGUAACUCCAAAGUGUAUUGUUUAAUUUAUAACAACAUUUGUUUUAACUGUUUGACAGAAUAAUUGCAUAUUAUAUAAACAGUAGACAUUAUUGAAAGUUUAUCACAU